AUGGCUUCAACUAGCAACACCGACUGUUCGGAUCUCGUACAAGUUGCCCAAUCCAGCCUAGUUGUCCAAGGCUUGGUGAAAGAUCUGUCACAAUACUUUGACCCCGACACUAUCACGGAGAAGGAAGGUUAUUCAAGGGUGGAAUGUCUACAAGAUGAAUCCAAAUUAUUGCAAGACAUCAUUGAUAUUAUCAAAACAAUCGUCCCUCGUCCUAAAGAGAGAUACUACAUGUCUUUAAUAGUCCAUCUAUUAGUAUUUCAGACUGGAUGCUCCAAAUUCGAAGAAAUGGUGGGCAAGGAUGAUUGUAUCAUUCUUAUACCCGUUGUUAUAAUUGGCUCUGGCACUGGUAUGCUUGAGGAGGAGGCAACAGGUCGACGGACAAGUAUCACAAUGGAUGCAAACUCUGAGCUUGUUAUUAGUGGGCGGUGUUCAUUAUACUUGGAGCCGGGAAGCAAAGCCGUAUGCGUCGUGAUGUCAAUAGGAAAAGAUAAAGAUAAAGAUAAGCUCUAG